AUGAUUGCGAGGGUUGUUCUAACGUUAUCAUCUCUUAAAGAACAAGAAACUGAUGCCUUUGAGUUUGGGAUGGAAUUUCGCAACGUGAUUCAUUUUUCUGCUACGUUACUCGUAAUUGAAACUCUUACUAAUUGUUUAUGCCAAUUCGUAUUAAAUUCGUUACAUUUCCAACGGGUUUGUUAUGUUGAAGAACGGAAUUGUAAUUCAGAUAACAAUUUAGAGGAAGUGAUUUCUGUUAUCAUAUUUAAGCAAAAUCCCUUAGUUCUGAAUGAUGAAUCAUUUUAUUAUGUUUGUGGAGAUUCAGAAAUUCUAGAAGCGAAGUGGAUGACUGAUACAUGA